UUAUACACUGUGAAUAAAGUUUUCCUAUCUUGAAUGCCAAAAUGGCAGCCGGUAAAGCGUCCUUGGUGGCUGUCAGUGUUCGGUUAAUUUUAAAGAAAAAGCAUCUAUUACGGGCCUUAGUAUGUCCAUACGUUGAUAACACCACCAAGCGAGGAUUUGCAUCAAGUGUACUGUCUCACUCCAUUGAAGACCCCAUUGCAACACACACUCCGAGCAGCAGUUUCAGCGGACCUCUCGAACACUACAACUGUCUCAUUCAGCGUGGAGUACUACAAGAUGACCAACAGCAAAGAUCUGUUCUUCAGGAACUAGAUCUGAUGCAGAAGAACCUCAAAGGAUAUAGCAAUGAACCUGCAUCUUUUAUUUCAAGAUUUUUCUCCAGACAAAAGCCACCAAAAGGUUGUUACAUCUUUGGUGAUGUAGGUACUGGGAAAACCAUGGUGAUGGACAUGUUUUAUGAUCAUGUAGACAUCACAAAGAAAAAGAGGGUCCACUUCCAUGGAUUUAUGUUGGAUGUGCACAAAAGAAUCCAUCGUCUUAAACAGAGUAUGCCAAAGAGAAAGGCAGGGAAAAUGGCAAAGGCCUAUGAUCCUAUUGCCCCAGUUGCAGAGGAAAUCAGUGAGGAGGCGUCCCUGCUAUGCUUUGAUGAGUUUCAGGUCACAGACAUUGCAGAUGCCAUGAUUCUCAAGCAGCUCUUUGAAAACCUCUUUAUCCAUGGUGUUGUAGUUGUAGCCACGUCCAACAGACCUCCAGAUGAUUUGUACAAGAAUGGAUUACAGAGAGUGAACUUUGUGCCCUUCAUUGCUGUGCUUAAGGAGUACUGCAAAAUACUUCGUCUUGACUCUGGAAUAGACUACCGCAAAAGAAAUCGACCUGCAGCCGGAAAGCUCUUCUACCUCUCAAGUGAAGACAAUGUAGAUGCAACUUUGGAUAAGCUCUUUGAUGAAAUGGCAUUCAAGCAGAAUGAUAUAACCCGUCCCAGAUCUCUGAAGGUGCAAGGCAGGACAGUGACUCUGAAUAAAGCUUGUGGGACCAUUGUAGACUGCACAUUCGAGGAGCUGUGUGAUAGGCCUUUAGGAGCCAGUGAUUACUUAGAAAUCUCGACGGGGUUUGACACGGUGUUCAUUCGCAAUAUUCCUUUACUCACUUUGAAUAAGAAGACCCAGGCCAGGCGCUUUAUCACGCUCAUUGAUGCAUUCUAUGACCACAAGGUACGAGUGGUGUUACAAGCUGAGGUGCCUUUAGAGAAUCUGUUUGUGAAUGAAGGACACCAUGAUGAUGAGCGGAACAUUUUAAUAGAUGACCUGGGCUUAAAAAGGGAUGCUGGCAGUUCACUGUCAAUCUUCACCGGUGAGGAAGAGGUGUUUGCUUUCCAACGUACAGUCUCACGCCUCACAGAGAUGCAGACAGAGGAGUACUGGGUGGAAGGAGAUCGGAGCUCUUCAUAGCACGUGUCAAUGCCAACUCCAUAUACAGUGGUUCUGUGUCAUCUUUCAGCGGUCCAUAGUUCUCUGUUUUGGGAGGGCUUUGGAUCUUCUGUAUGAACAAUAUUUUAUUCAAAACUGAGCAAUAUUUUACUUUGCUGUACUUUAUUCUAUAUUUCUGCAGGAUGAAAUGACUUGUAAAUUUAGUAUACCAAUGAAAUGCAUUCAGUUAUUUGAAUGCAAUUUUAACCUCUUUAUUUAUCAAAUGUACAAAGGGCAUUUGGGAGAAUUGUAUUUGCCAAAUCGGCAGAACAUCAUUCAGGAUAAAAGGAACAGCAUACAUCCCAUCUAUCACUUUGAAAAUGACUUAAGUUAUUAGAUCAAAGUACAAACUUUGUACUUUGUUACGGCUAUUUAUCAUUUUAGAAGAUGUACCAGAGUAUAACUGCACAUUAAUAAUUAGUAUUCUGUGGUAAUAGGUCUUACAUUUUCUUUUGAAUCUUCUAGAUGUUAUAAAUGUCAACACAAAUAUUUCUUGGCUACCUGACUUCCAAAUCAAACAGAGUAUUUGUUAACUAUGUUUAAAAUAUCCAGUCUAAUUUUUAUGUAUUUGUAUGAAUUCCACAACCAGUACCCCAAUCGCUUUUGUUCAAGUACAUAUAAAUGACGUCAUAAGAAAAGAUACAGAGCUUGCCCCAAAUCCUUAUUUUUGAGUUAAAGACUAAUAUUGAAAAAAAUUGAUUUCUUGGCUUCUAAUAGUAAUUGAAUGCUUUGGGGCUUUUUUUUUUUUACUUAAAUAAAAAGCAAAACAUUACAUUUAUCUGUGGACUGUUUUUAACUUCAAGUGUAAAUUUGAUUAGCUUCUUCCACUUCUAAUUGAGCAAAAAAAAAAAAAAGGUGCCUUUUUUAAGUUUAAACCCCCCCCCCCCCCCCCCCCCCCAUUUUUUUUAACAUCAGUGCCAGUGUGAUAAGAUGACUGGAUGAAUGUAAUACAACAGUAAGUAUAGGAGCACGGAAUUGGACAGCUGCACAUUGUAAGUAAUCAAGCUUACUGUGCACAAAUAUCAUUUCCAGUAUUGGUAUUUUUGCUUGUGAGUGGCAUAUUGAGUGGAGACACUGUUUUGGAAAACAAUGGUCCAAUGGUGUGUCCUUAUGAGUGGUUACUUCUGCGAACCGAACCGAGAGUUUGAAAAGAUGUUUGAUAUUAUGUAAAUGAAUUUCAUUAUGAUUGCAUUUCAACUUGUAUACUUUGUUAGUUAUGAAGUAUGGAGUCAGUACAGCAGAAAUAAUUGUUUGCUUGACAAUGGCACAUUGUAUAUUUGUUUAUUUAUUUCAGCUAAAGGUCUUCCAAAUAAAUUAUGCAGCAGGUUAA